CAAACACAUUCCAAUCAAUAACGUUCAUCAUUAAUUCAUCCUAUGGAUCUGAAAAGAUGCUUGUCGGAUCAAAUAAUAAUUUGAUCACCGAAAUAUCAAGGCAAAUGAUACCGGAUGAUCCUUUCAGGCCGCGCCGGUCCGCUUUGAAGCGGUCUUGGAGCACCGUGGGACCGUUUCCUCGUUCCCUUUGGAUCCAUCCAAGUGUACCGGAGGAUGACUUUGACCGAAUCUGUGUCAAAAUAUGGAGAGACUCGAAGAAAGCUGAAUUUGGAAUGUGGCCACAUAUGGAGGAGGACAGUAUGACCCCAGCUAAUGAACACCCACAGGCCCCACGAGCCCCACCGGCCCAGGACCGGCGCGCAGAAGAGGAUCCGGUCCCCACUGUGAGGCCUCAAAACAUCCACUGCGAAGUCCGAGACAAUGCGUGUCUUGUUACACGGUGGAAACCUAUGUUUAUCAAAAUCACGGAUCCAAGGCUGGAUGAGAUCUCUCUGAUGGUGGAGAGGGAGUUCCAGACUUUGACGUCACAGACAGAGAAAGAUCGACAUGACCUCUCCGUCUCCUCUCAGCGCCCUGACGAUGUCCGGUGUGACGACUGUUCCCAUGGCGAUGACCCCAUAUGGGAGACACAGGUGGAGAAGAAGAAGGAGGAGGAAAAGGUGAACCCAGAGGAGGAGCAAAGGAGGGACAUUGCCAAGUACCUCAGGGGCCUCCUGAUCCCAGGGCAGGAGGGUAGAGGGGAGGACAGUUCCAUCAUGGUGGAACCUCUCCAUAUUCCUAACCCUUACCUGUUGGACUCCAUCCUGCUGAACCCUGACCUCGGUGCUAACCUCUCCCAUUUAGUUCCUGACUUGCUCCCUGAUCUCUCAUCCCUGCUCCCCAACCUGGCCCCCAACCUGGCCCCCAGCCUGCUCCCCAACCUGGCCCCCGACCUGGCCCCCAGCCUCCUGGCCCCCAACCUGCUCCCCAACCUGCUCCCCAACCUGGCCCCCAACCUGGCCCCCAGCGAAGACGACUUUCCCCCUCUGCCGAACGCCGCGUCUCCAUGGCAAGGUGACAGGCUGUGGCAGGGCUCUCCGCCUGCCAACCUCCCCAAGCCUCUCAUCCCCAUCCCUGGCCCCUUCAACCUUCUGGGCAAAGUACCUGCCUGUAUCAAGGCCUCAGCUUCAGGUCCAGCCUCAACUCCUGUCCCAGUCCCAACUCCAGCCAAGGUCCCAGUCAUCCAGGUCACAGCCACAGCCCGUUCUUCAACUCCAGCCCCAGCCAAGGUCCCAGCCAUCAGGAUUACAGACCCAACCAAGGCCCUAGCUUCAUCUCCAUCAACAACCCAACAGGAGCUUUAUGACCUGAUGGCUGACUUCCCAGCCCUCCAGCCCCAGGGGAAAGCACCUCCACUGGGCUUACAGCAGCCUGCCAAUGCCCCGUGCCGGGCUCCAACCAUCAAUGUGGAGCUACUUCUCCAGGACCUGCCCUACAGCGCCUUGUUCAAGGCCCAGGAAGGUGACCGGGAGCUGGGCAGACAGGAUGGUAAAAGAGGGGUCAAGGGACCCAAGAAGAUAGAGUCAGAACCUGAGGAGCAACCUCGGGACAUUCCCAUUGUUACUGAUGAUGUUGACCAGUGGCCUGAGAUCAUCACUACCAAGCAGCCUGUAUUCACCCAAGCAACUCAACAGGUUAUAGCAGAUGGUGCCAGCGCGUGGGUUGGCAGUGCCAACGACAGAGUGAGGAGAGCAGCUGCCCCCCUCCUCCAGAAAGCCAGGCCCCUCCGCAGCCCCCAGGAGGGUCCAGAGAGGAGGCAGACGACACCCCCCGUGGUCCUUACCGCCCCCGCUGCAGCCCCCACCAUUGCCGACAUUGCUGCAGCUUUCGCCACCAGCACUGCCGCCAAUGACCUGCCUCAGGAGAGCAAAGCCGCCCCCCACCAGCAGGCCCGUUCCCCUUCCCUCCCGGACAUCCCACCAACCAACCAAUGGGGAUCUCAUCGUUAUGCUGGGUUCCGCCCUCAGAAUGCCCAUCGGCCUGGCUUCACCUGCCCACCCCAGGGCUGUGAUGUCAGGACAUCCGGGAUGACAACUAGAAUGUCCCUUGACCCUGGCUGCAUGUCUGGGGACGGACACUCCCAGAAGCCCAUGCCUCACCUGUACAGCGAGACUUUAGUGGAGCGAGUGACUGCAGUGGGUUUGGGAAGCCGGUGUCCGGUAAACGCACCGCCAGGAUUCACCCGGGCCGACCGAGGUCCCAAACGGAACAUCUUCUAACCCAACGAGACGGCGGCCAUUUUAAAUGAUUCGUCUUCGAUUUUGGUUUAUGUUUCUUUUUUAAAAAAAUAUUAUUGUUUAAUUAGUACAUUAAUUAGUUUGCC